AUUUGAGUGGGAUAGGGCGGACAACAAUGUUGUGAGGAGGGUAUGGGAGAAUCACGCGGCAACUAGGUAACAUCGAAAAUAAUAUUUAUUUUUGUUUUAUAAUUUUAUGUUUUAAAUUCUAAUUUGUUACUAUGGAAGUAGGUUGCGUGAUUUUUGGUAUGACACCCAAAAAAAAUCAAAAAGACAUGCGAGGGAUAACGGUCUUGAAGGAUGGAAUGAGGUGGCGGUUUGGCAGGAAUUCAAACCGCCAUUCAUCUCGGGGGAAAUAUGGACGGCAUAUAUUGAGCACGUGACCUCAGAGCGGUUCUCACGGCGCUCACAUUCUGGCGCCGACAACCGGAACCGGCAAAUUCAUGGUUCGGUGACGAUGCACACUGGCGGAUCCGUCCCAUUCAGCGCACAUGCAAAGCGGAUGGCUGCGUCUCUUGGACGUGAACCGAGUCCAAUGGAGCUGUUUCUAGAGACGCAUGUGCGGAGUCAAGACCGCCAAAAGGGGGUGCAGCAGUUCGUGGACAACCGUGCUCAGCACUUCGUGGAGACCUAUAAUAGCCGGUUGAGGGAGAGAUAUGGGGACAAUCCGUCGACCCAUCCAGAUUUCGAUCCAGAUUUGUGGAUGGAGGCGGGAUCGUCUGGUGGACCCGAUAAAAACAGGGUCUACGGGCUCUCCAACACUACGGCUGACAACUUGCGUUCGACUCGUAGUGUCUCAACUGUUGGAAGCUCUCCAUCAGUAUCGAACACCCAGUCUGAGGAGUUCAUUGCGUUGAAACAACAAUAUCAACAACUCUCGACGAAUUAUGAUGAGCUCCGUCAAAUAGUCAUGGAGAUGAGAUCAAAGAUGGGUGACGAUACUUGUGCAGCAUCUUUUUGGCCGUAUGGUCCCGGGAACAACCAGCCUCCUCCUCCUCCUCCGCCUCCUCCUCCAGCUCCGCCGCUAUUCUAG